AUGGAGACUUCGCAGCACCUGGAGGCUGCCCAGCCUGCAGAAAAGGGCACCGCCGAUUUUGAAGUGGAGGACCUCAAGGGCAACGCCAACGCCGCCCAGGAAGCCGCCAUGGACGCUGAAAUCCAACGCCUCGAGCAACAGGCCCAGAGUCUGAAGCGUCCCAAGUUCGAGAUCGCCUUCGCCAACCCGGCCGCCUUCACCUACGUCCUGGUCGGCUUCGCGUCGCUGGGUGGUCUGCUGUCUGGUCUCGACCAGUCGCUGAUCAGCGGCGCCAACCUUUACAUGCCCAAAGCGCUGCAUCUGUCCGACAACCAGGCCAGUCUGGUCAAUUCCGGCAUGCCGCUGGGCGCCGUCGCCGGUGCGUUGAUCCUCUCCCCCGCCAACGAGUACCUGGGCCGGCGCAUGGCCAUCAUCGUCUCCUGCAUCCUCUACACCAUCGGCGCCGCCUUGGAGGCCGGCGCCAUCAACUUCGGCAUGAUGUUCGCCGGCCGCUUCAUCCUGGGCUCGGGCGUGGGACUGGAAGGAGGCACGGUGCCCGUCUACGUCGCGGAAUGCGUCCCCGGUAAGAUUCGUGGCAACCUGGUGUCGCUGUACCAGUUCAACAUCGCCCUGGGCGAGGUGUUUGGCUACGUGGUGGCGGCCAUCUUCGUCAACGUCGCCGGCAAUUGGCGCUACAUCCUGGGCUCGUCCCUCGUCUUCUCGACCAUCCUCCUGGUCGCCAUGAUCUUUCUGCCCGAGAGCCCGCGGUACCUGAUGCACAAGGACCGCGAACUCGAGGCCUACCUGGUGUGGAAGAAGAUCCGCGGGUUCGCGACCUACGAGGCCAAGGCCGAGUUCCUGGGGAUGAAGCAGUCGGUCAUCGCCGAGAACGAGGAACAGCACAGCACGCGCAAGUACGCCUGGAUGGACUUCUUCACCAACGCCCGCGCGCGGCGGGCCAUCGUCUACGCCAACAUCAUGGUGUUCCUGGGCCAGUUCACCGGCGUGAACGCGGUGAUGUACUACAUGAGCGUGCUGAUGAGCAAGAUCGGCUUCGACGACAAGGAGAGCGUGUUCAUGUCCCUGGUGGGUGGCGGCGCCCUGAUGCUGGGCACGAUCCCCGCCGUGAUGUACAUGGAGAAGUUUGGCCGGCGGUACUGGGCCAACACGAUGCUGCCGGGCUUCUUUAUCGGCCUGGUGCUCGUGGGCGCCGGCUACCAGGUUCCGCUGGACACGCACCAGAAGCUGGCCGAAGGUCUCUACCUGACAGGGCUGAUCCUGUACAUGGGCUUCUUCGGGUCGUACGCGUGUCUGACCUGGGUGAUCCCGUCGGAGGUGUACCCGACAUACCUGCGCAGCUACGGCAUGACGACGUCGGACGCCAACCUGUUCCUGUGCUCGUUCAUCGUCACGUACAACUUCACACGGAUGAUGGACUCGAUGACGCGCAUCGGCCUGACGCUGGGCUUCUACGGCGGCAUCGCCGUCCUCGGCUGGUUCUACCAGAUCCUCUUCAUGCCCGAGACCAAGAACAAGUCCCUCGAGGAGAUUGACGAGCUCUUCUCCAAGCCCACCUCGGUCAUUGUCCGCGAGAACGUCAAGAACACGGCGCAGGUGAUUCGGGACCUGGCGCAUUUCCGUCUUCGCAAGGUUUUUGCUCCUGCGUAG